CCUUCUCUCUCACGCACGCCCUCCCCCCACUCCCUCACAUUUACCUUCUUCCUAUAUAUCUCGCUCUCUCACAACAACCGUCCACCACAGCCCAGCAGUGGUUGCCGACCGCGAGAAGCAACACCACGCGCACCAUUAACCACGCAGCUCGCCACUGGGCGCCGCCAACUCAUUCUCUUUCCUCCAUUUUUGGGUGAUUCUGGUUCUGAAAAGGAUGAGUGCAAGGGGAAGCUUGGGUAUCAAGCGCAAGCGUCCAAGCUCAGAUUCAAAGGAGCUAACACCCGAUGAACGUAAACAUUAUGAUCUGAUUAUAAGCAAAGGAGACAUGGGUAUAUGGAAGGGAGACAUAAAAAGAGAGUUGAACAUUGCCAACGCAAAGAUAAUAGAUAACUGUGUUAAGUCCCUUCUAGCAAAGCAAUUGAUCAAAGAGGUAGCCAAUGUUCAAGCCAAAGCCAAAAAACGACUCAUGGCUAUAGAAUUUGAGCCCUCGAAGGAGCUAACUGGUGGUGUGUGGUAUAAUCAAGAGGGGUCUAUUGAUGAUAUAAUGAUCGAGACCCUGAAGAAAGUCUUUAAAAGGGUAAUCGAAACACAGAAAUUUGCUACAGCUGAUGGACUUCGCCAUAAGAUUGGAGAGUUAGAAGUGGUGAACUUCGAGUUGAACGCCGAGCAUGUGAAAGAGAUAGUUGACUGUUUGGUUUUAGAGAAUGAGAUUGUUAGAGUGAAGAGCAGUGGUACAGGGGAGUUUGCUUCUAUUCCUUUGAACACCGAAUGUUAUAAGCUCAAAUCACAAAUCGAAAAAUCAGGAACUUUCACUAUGAUACCUUGCGGUGUUUGCCCUCGUAUCAGCCAGUGUUCUCCCGAUGGCAUUAUCUCACCGAUCACCUGUGAAUACUACAAUAAAUGGUUGGAUUUUUGAAAUGCUAGUUGCUCCAUUUCUUUGUUCCUUUCUCUGCAUUGCACAAAAACAGAAGAUGUGCUUUUAGUCUUUUACCAUCUUUUUGUAGGACAUUAAUAAAGCAUUAAGCAUCCUAGACAUGAUUUUUUUUUGUUUGAAAAAUAUAUAUUGUUCCAGUUAAAAAUCGGAAACAAUCAAAUAAAUGGGUACCUUCGGGUGGAUAUGGUGUUAAAACGUGAUUGAUCGGGAAGACAUUGUAUACCUGAAAAUAAACACCAACAACCCGGGUGAUCUCGGGGGCGGUGCCUCCGACGCCCAAGUUAGUGCCCACGUAUAAGCUACUAUGAUGUAGCGUGGUAUUUUUAGAGAGAUAAAGACUCUUACCUAAGUUGUAAGCAAAUACCAAAUUCUCUAACCCCCUUAACUUACCUUCUAAUAUAUAUAUAGAG